AUGCAACGACGUAAUGGUGGCACUCGAAAAGAGCGUCUAUUACGUGCCAAAAUGAAGAAGAAAAUGACGGAUGAUACAGAUUCCCAUGCUCUUGUAAACACCUUUGAAGAUAUGCUUCAAAUGUCGGAUCUAUCCGAACUGUCUUUAUUGACAAAUCUUACGAAACGAUACGAAAAUCAACUGAUAUAUACGUAUGUCGGGUCUAUUCUUGUUGCUAUUAACCCAUACAAAACCCUAGAUACAAUCUAUACGGAAGAUAAAAUGACGGAAUAUUAUGGGAAAACCAUGGGAAUGUUACCUCCUCAUGUCUUUGCCUUAGCUGAUCAUGCGUAUACACAAUUAAUUCAAGGUGGAGCUUUAGAUCCAGCCAAUCAAAGUAUAAUUAUCAGUGGAGAAAGUGGCGCCGGGAAAACCGAAACAACGAAAAUCAUCAUGCAAUACUUAGCACGUGCCACAAGUUACCGGAAACCAGAUGGUGAAACGUCUGCCAUCAAUGAGGCAACUUCAACUUCAACUUCAACUUCAACCACGAGUAAUCCAAAUACUAUCAUCUCGGGCGCUUUAGGGAAACUUGAAGAACGGGUACUGGAUAGUAAUCCAUUAUUGGAAUCUUUUGGCAAUGCCAAGACAUUACGUAAUGAUAAUUCCAGUCGCUUUGGCAAAUUCAUUGAAAUUCAAUUCAAUCAUCAUGGCAAAAUCAUCGGGGCCCAAAUUCUAAACUUUUUAUUGGAAAAAACACGCAUUGUGUCCCAGAGUUUAGGCGAACGCAAUUAUCAUAUUUUUUAUCAAUUAUUAGCAGGAGCCGAUGAGGCGUUACGUGAACGGUUGCACUUGCAAACACCUCAAGAGUAUGAAUAUUUACGAAAAAGUGACUGUUUUCAUAUUCAUUCCUGUGACGAUGCCACCGAAUUUGCCACAACGAAACGAUGUAUGGAAACAAUUGGAAUUACACACGAUCGACAGGAAAUGGUAUUUGAAUUAUUAGCCGCAGUUUUAUUAAUUGGGAAUUUAAAUUUUGCCAUGGAAAAUGACACUUGUGUCAGUGUUGAGGAUGAAUCCGUGAAUGGAAUGAAACUUGUCGCGUCUUUUCUAAAAGUAAGUGAAGAUGCACUUUCCAAGGUACUACUGACGCGUCAACUGUAUGUGGGAGGCAAAGUUAUUGUACAGGAGCAGAAUCUAGAACAGGUUCGAGAUAAACGAGAUGCACUUGCAAAAGGCAUUUACUCGUCACUGUUUCUAUGGCUCGUUUCAGAGCUGAAUCGGACCAUCUCACGGAAUCAGGACAAAUGGGGUUUUAUUGGGGUACUGGAUAUCUAUGGCUUUGAAAAGUUUGAGUGGAAUACGUUUGAACAAUUGUGUAUCAAUUAUGCUAAUGAGAAGCUCCAACGACAUUUUAAUCAACACAUGCUAGAAGUUGAACAGAAUGAUUAUGCCAAGGAGGGAAUUGACUGGAAACACAUUGAUUUUGAAGAUAAUCAAGAGUGCUUGGAUCUAAUUGAGAGUAAAGUAAACGGUAAACCAGGCAUUUUCAUCUCACUGGACGACAAUUGGCGACUUAAGGGAGAAGAAGCAAACAAGAAGUUUGUGUCAAAUUUGCACAAUUCCUUUGGUCGGACGUCGAAUGGACACUUGAGCGGUAAGAAUAAGUUUUACGUACACCCGAAGAUGGACGCAGACUUGCACUUUGGUAUCAAGCAUUACGCCGGUGAGGUCAUCUACGACGCAAGCGGUUUCAAUGACAAAAAUAACGAGACAUUAAAUGACGACAUGAAAGAGCUCAUCCGGCAAUCUAAGAGUGACUGGCUGCGUGGAAUCUUCGAUCUUAACAUGCAGUCAAUCGAGGCUAUCCUUGGCAACAAGCCACAACAGCAGCACUCCAUUUCUCGUCGCCCGAGCGAGAUCAAGGGAAAGAGUAUGCACCAGCAGGGGAACAAGUCACGUAAUAUUCGAGAAGUGUCUGUUAGCGCUCAGUUCCGGUAUCAGCUGCAAGAGCUCAUGAACAAGAUUUCGCUGGCGAAUCCUCGGUAUGUGCGGUGCAUAAAACCGAACGAGUACAAGCGUCCAAAUGAGCUUCAUGCUGCGGAUUGCGCGCGUCAGUUGAAAUACUCUGGUAUGAUGGAAGCGAUUCAGAUCCGCCAGCGCGGUUUUGCUCUUCGCGAAGACCACGAUGUUUUUUUUUACGAUUACCAAUCGCUUGCGCCUGAUGCUCAGAACAUCAAGGAGCUCGUUGAGGAGAUUUCGUCUAUGUUGGGUGCGGGCAAGGAAGAGUGGCAGUUGGGCAAAACGAAGGUGUUCCUGAAGAGAGCCAUGGCCUUUAAGUUGCGAAAACUUGAAAUGCUGCGGUGCAAAUCUGCUGCUCGUGCCAUUCAGAAAUGGGUCCGCAACAUGGCGAGAACGGAAGCUGCUGUCAGAAUACAAACGAAAGCCCGUCAGUUCGUCGCGAAGAAGCAGCUGCAACGACUUCGUCGCAGUGCGUACCGUGUGAUGGGUAUUUUCCGGAUACGUGUAGCUGUGAGUAAGUACCAGCGUAUGCGUGCUGAAUACCGCAUGCGAAACGAAAAGGCAGUGAUCGUACAGAAAAUUGCGCGCGGGUAUCUAGUCCGCAAGCGCGAUUUGCUUCAUCCAUUUGGCGAAAUGGGUCCGAAGGAGCUGGAUGUAAAAAUCGCCGAGUUGGAAGAGGCUAUUGAAGAUGCUGCGGUCAGCAAACAGUUUGAGCUGUGUGCCAAUUUGCAACUAGAGCUUGAGAAGGUCGUCGAGGCCCGAAAGAAGGUUCGCACUGCGAAGGAAAUUGAUGCAGAAAUCAAGAAAUUGAACGAGGAUAUGGAAGAAGCUGCAAUGUCGAAGCAGUUUGGUUUGUGUGCGGAGCUUCAAAAGCAACUUGAGAUGCUGCAAGAAGCCCGGACGCACGUGAAGGAAGAUUUGAAUGAGCUAGAACCGGAGGAACUUGAUGAGCGUAUUCGUAAAAUGGAAACUAUCAUUGCUGAGGCAAUGGCUGCACGAGACUUUGGCAGGUGCAGUGACUUGCAAGUCAGUUUGGAUGCCUUGGUGUCUACUCGGAAGAGAAAACAAACCCCGGAGGAACUGGAUGCUGAAAUUGAGAAGCUGAACCAGGAACUUAACAAUUUGAUGCAAAAGAAGCAGUUUGAUAAGUGUGCCCAGCUUCAAAACGAUAUCGAUGUCGUGAAGAAGAGAAGAGCAAAGUUCCCUACGGUUUCAAAGCCUCCUGCUCCGCGACCUUCUUCGAAAAAGUCUGAGCCGUCACCAGAAUCAACUUCAUCUCCUUCCUCGAAGAACAGAACGCCUUUACAAGAGAAGCUCGGACCAAAGCCGAUUACGCCGGCUCCUCCAUCAAACAUUGAUCGCGGUGGCAUUCCUUCCGUGUGUGAGCCUGUUGUGUUUACACCAAACUCUUCACCAGCGGCUUUGCCUGGUGAAAAGCGGCCUGCUUCUAAGUUUCCUCAGGCAACACCGGCACCUCAGGCAACACCCCUACCGCAAGAAUGUCCGGCCCCACAGGUUUCUCCAGUAGCGUUGACUCCAGCGCAACUGCUUGAAGAUUACUCAGCCGCAGGCACACCGGUUAGUGACUAUUUUGCUCCUAAGGGAGUUCCAACGGCGCCUAGUGCGAGGCGGCCUCCCGCAAUUUACAACGGUCCUUCUCCUAGUGUCCGAUGGGAAUCGAAUACUAUGACCCCUGUGAUGCCUCCCAUCAAACAGCCAAUGUUUGGGCGUCGUAAGCGCUCAAAUUCGAACAGCUCGGCGACGUCAGGAGAUUCGUUUGCGAGGUCGCAUUCGUCAAUGAUGUCUACAUCAUCAUCUAAAACGAGAAAAUCGUCGUCAGAUCCGUCACGAACAGUUGCUCGUCUUCGUCCGGCUAAGGCGAUCACGGUUAGUGAGGAAUCGACUGUUUUAGAAGCUGCAAGAAUGAUGAAGUCUCACCGCGCCGCCGCCGUUCUGGUGACUAACUGGGAAGGUGCCUUGACCGGCAUUUUUUCGGACACAGAUGCGGCACGACGUGUAGUGUCGAAAGGUAUGGAUCCCUCCAGAGUCGCUAUUGGUUCAGUGAUGACGCCGAACCCUACUUGUGUUACGAUGGAGGAUAACGCAGUGGAUGCGAUGGAUACAAUGCUCAGCGGAAAAUUCCGCCACUUGCCGGUGAUCAGUUCUCGCAGCGGCAAUAUUGUUGGUGUGCUUAACGUGGCAAAGUGUUUGCACGAUGCAAUUCGACGAGUUGAAAACAUGUCAACCUCACUUCAUCAAGAGCUUGGUGCAAGCGGGGACAAUGCCAUGCUGCGCGGAGCGUUUGAAAAAAUGCUGUCUCCUUCGCUCCAUGAUGUGAUGUCGGUGCCAGGUGAAGUUAUGCCAGCGUUGGUUUAUGGUAACAUGACGGUUUAUGAGGCAACGACGUACAUGGUGGAGACCAGACGACCAGUUCUCGUGGUGUCGUCUGAUGCCGAAACACAGGACCUAGUUGGAAUCUUUACUCCGAAGGAUUUGCUGCUUCGCGUGAUUGCGGGAGACCUGGACGUUCACACUACGUCAGUUAGUGACGUGAUGACUCCUAAUCCCGAAUCGACUGGACCGGAGACAUCGAUAUUAGAUGCGUUUCACAUCAUGCACGACGGAAAGUUUUUGAAUUUGCCGGUGGUGUCUCCGGAUUCUGGCGAAAUUCUAGGUGUGGCUGAUGUUAUAUCCAUGAGUUUAGUAUCUUUUGGCGAGUCUAGCGAUAUAAACAAGCUCUUCAACGCUGCUUUUGAUUAUCAUGAUGAUGAUACCACCUCGAUGACGUCUGGUAGGUCGACGUCCAAUUUGUCCGUUGCUAGCAAAGCGCGCCAACAAAAGGACCGCGACAAGGGCGUGAACGUUCGCCCAGUAUCCAGCCUGCGUCCUCUUCCGGCUGUCACUAUUGAUGAGGUCGCAUCUGUGUUUGAAGCUUCAUUGCUGAUGAAGCAGAAACGGACAGAUGCGUUGCUUGUUGUGGAUGAAGCUGGAGGUUUGAAUGGUAUUCUAACCGACACGGAUAUUUGUCGCCGUGUUCUAGCGCUGGACUUGAUUCCAGAAGAGGUGCCUGUGUGUAACGUGAUGACACGAGACAUCAAGUACGUAUCACCCAAUGACAGUGCAAUUGAUGCUCUGCUUUCAAUGCAGGAGGGGCAUUUCCGCCAUUUGCCGGUUGUUGACGGUGGCACUAUUGCUGGUGUCUUAAACAUUGGCAAGUGCAUUUAUGAUGUCUCGAAGCGCCUCGAACAUGCUUUGCAGUCGACGAAUCAGCUAAAGGCGUCGCUAGAGAAAAGCGGCAAGUCGUCAACUCUUCAGCAGUUGCUUGCUCCGAUGCUGGAAAAACUCUCGGCACCCACAUUGGGUUCGAUCGUUGACAACGGAACCCGGAAUGGCUCGACGCCAGCUCCUCGUCUUCCAAAGUCGUCUCUUGUUAGUGAUGUGGUGAAGGCAAUGGCUUCAUCAAAAAAGGCGGCGCUUAUCGUCGAUGACAUUAAUUUCGAUAAGCUGGUUGGUAUCUUUUCUCCUAAGGAGCUGGUGCUCAAUGUUAUUGCUAAGGGUCUCAAGGCUUCAGCCACGUAUGUGGAAGAAGUGAUGCUGAACGACCCUGAGAUUGCGACGCCUUCGACGUCUGUGUCGGAUGGCCUACACAUUAUGCACGAUUCCCGGAUACUUAAUCUGCCGGUGCUGAAGGACGACUCGAACGAGCUUGUCGGUAUGGUUGAUGUGCUUGACCUCAGCUACGGCACCAUCGAUGCAAUCUACGGUGACAAUCGCGAGCAGAUGCAGGAGUUUUGGAACACGACGCUGGAGCUGGACCAGCCAUCUUUGCCGUCGGAAGCAGGGGAUCGGGAGCGCACCACGCUAAUGUCGAGGGCAGAACGUGAAGAGAAGAGCCGUACAGUAGCGAAGCUGCGACCGAGCAAGGUGCUCACUGUAUUAGAGUCAACAACUGUUGCGGAGCUAUCACGGACUAUGGGGCGGAACAAGGUGGACUGCGUGCUGGUCGUGUCGGAACAGGGAAUGCUCAACGGUAUCAUUACGGACACGGAUCUGACGCGCCGGGUCGUUUCGGAGAACCGUCCGCUGGAUUCAACGCUGGUAGGUGAUGUCAUGACUUGCAACCCUAUCUUUGUGUCAACAGACGACCCUGCGAUUGAUGCACUCAUUUCCAUGCUGGAGGGCAAGUUCCGCCAUCUGCCAGUUGUCGAGCGUAAUGGUCCCGUUGUGGGUAUCUUGAACAUUGCAAAGUGUUUAUACGAUGCUAUUCGGAAGAUGGAGAAGUCAGAGCAAUCAUCUGCAGCGUUGCGACACACGCUAGAGAAAGAGAUGAAGAACCGCGUGAAUGGUGGUGCUCGUACUGGUGGAGUCUCUCAACUUCUUGGGUCUAUGGUGAAUAAGAUGUUCUCGCCUAACAUUAAAACGGUGAUUGAUGAAGAAGGUAUUGAUCCUCCUCGCGUGCAGCGUUACACUUCAGUGUAUGAAGUGUCAAGGCAAAUGGCUAUCAAGAAGAAAGGAGCUCUAGUUGUAGAUAAUCGCGGGCAGUACUGUGGUAUUUUCACGCCCAAGGAAAUGCUGGAAAAGGUGCUCGCACGUGGUUUGCCCGUCCACACCACACCCGUGUGCGAAGUGAUGUUAGAGAAGGAUGUGACUAUCAAUGGAGAAACUUCGGUGAUUGAUGCUAUGCACGCGAUGCACGACAACAGGACGCUGUACCUAGCGGUGACGCAGUCUGAGGCAAACAAACAGCCCAUAGGUCUGAUUGACGUGCUCUCCCUGAGUUAUGGUUCUUUUGCGAAGGGCAAGCCUAGUGAGUGGAAAUCCUUUUGGAAUGCUUCAUUUGAGGCAGGUGAUGACGACGAUGUGUCGUCGCAGCACAGUUUCCGCAGCGGAUUGUCGCACAACCUCGCGCCAAGCAGCAGUGGUUUGAGCCAAAAGGGCCGACAGGCAACAUUGGCGACGGGCAAUGUGCGUCCUGUGUCAAAGCUGCGACCGUCGAAGGCUAUCACGAUUUCAGAGACAUUUUCGGUUUUUGAUGCUGCCAAGGCGAUGAGUGUCGCGCAGACGGACGCUGCAUUGAUCAUUGGGCGUGAUGGUGGGCUUCUUGGUAUUCUUACGGAUACUGAUGUGACUCGACGUGUGGUGGCUUUGGGAAACGAUCCGUUCUACGUGAGCGUGCUGGAUGCGAUGACCCCGGACCCCAAGUUUGUGGACGAACGCGACAGCGCCAUGGAUGCUAUGUUCAUGAUGCUUGAGGGCAAAUUUCGUCACCUGCCCGUCGUGGACGAAACAGGUAUGGUUGCGGGCAUGCUUCGUAUUCAAAAAUGCCUGUAUGACGCGAUUACGCGCAUCGAGAAGGUGCAGCAGUCGUCAAGCGGAUCGCUUCAGCAACGUCUUGAUAAGCAGUUACAGGCCACUGGCAUUGGCUCGGGCCAAGGAGCUCUGAAGCAGCUUGUAGGCCCCAUGGUAGACAAGCUGCUUUCGCCUACAGUAGACUCGAUUCUGGAAGACGAGACACUUCCUCCUCUUGUAAGUGAGCAUGAUACGGUGAUGGAAGUGGCUCGUCAGAUGGCUGCGUCUCGCAAGGCCGCACUCAUUGUGGAGGACCCAAGCGGUGACAAUAGUUCGUCUGUAAGCGGAGGACACCGGUCUUCAAUCAGCGGAGGGGGCUACGACAUUGGCACCUCGGCACUUACUAGAAAGGUGCUGGGUGUGUUCACGCCGAAGGAUCUAUUGCUGCGGGUGACUGGUGCUGGCCUCGAUGCUGCCGAGACGACAGUUGGUCAGGUCAUGACGCAUGAUCCUGAGACUGCUCCGCCGAACACAAAACUCGUUGAAGCGUUGCACAUCAUGUAUGAACACGACUUUCUACACUUGCCGGUUGUUAACGAUGAGACAGCUACAAUUGUAGGCAUGCUGGACGUGUUGUCCUUGUGCUACGGAACGUUUGCGAGCGGUGCGGCAGCAGAAAGUGGUAAGGCCAUCGAUGGAGACUCGGAUUGGCGUGCGUUCUGGGACGUAUCGCUAGCACUCGGCCACGAUGAAGACGACUUCAGUGAGCUUGCUAGCAUGACUGGCUCGCGAAUUUCGCGCCGUCGUCCAGGCAGGUACACGGAAAGCCACCACUCGUCCAUGAGGGACCAUGUCCCCGAGCCAGAAGGCGCGAUGCGUCCUGUGUCGAUGCUGCGACCUCAGGAGGUGACUCGCAUCAACGAGUUUAUCACUGUGGCCGAAGCGGCGAAGCGCAUGCGGCAAGCUCGUGUCGAGGCAGUUGUGGUCACGACAGAAGAAGGCGAGCUUCGCGGUAUUUUGACGGACACGGACAUCACGCGCCGCGUAUUAGCUGAGGGUAUGGACCCGGGGAGUUGCUCUGUGGCAUCGGUUAUGACCACAAAACCUUCUUGCGUGUACAUGGAGGAUCAGGCUAUUGAGGCAAUUACAAAGAUGCUUGAGGGCCGUUUUAAGCACUUGCCUGUGCUUGGCUCGGACGGUACGCCGCAAGGCAUGCUAGAUAUCUCCAAGUGUUUAUACGAUGCCAUUACGUGUAUGGAGAAGGUGCAGCAGUCGACAGAGGCAGCGGCAUCUGAAUUCUCACGGGAUCUUGGCACUGGGUCGAAUUUGCAACGACUGCUGGGCCCCAUGAUGGAGAAAAUGGUGCGGCCUACCGUUGGUGAUGCGCUUGACGGCGAGCUCAUGCCACCUGUAAUUAAUACUCACACCACGGCGGCGCGUGCUGCAAAGCUAAUGGCGAACACGAAGAAAGCUGCGAUAGUUCUGAGCGAUGAACAGGAGCUUUGUGGUAUGGUGACGACCAAGGAUCUGCUCCGCAAGCUGGUAGCCAAGGGUCUGUGUGCAGAAACGACCACGGUGGAAGAAGUGAUGACGGUCGACCCGGAUCUGAUGGGACCUGAUGUGAGCAUUGUAAACGGUUUGCGCUCCCUGCACGAUGCUGGUCAGCUGUUCAUGCCAGUGCUGGCAGACGAUGGCGAAAUCCUGGGUAUGGCGGACGUCAUUUGCCUGAGCUACGGUCAGUUCCAGACUACGUCUGGUGGCACUUCGAAUGGUGACUGGAGACAGUUCUGGCAAACAGCGAUGAACCUACAGGAAGAAGUAGCGGGAGGCGCGUUCGGCGGAAUCAACGAUGACGUACGGUCUGUUGGCACGAUUGAAGAGUUUGAGCGUGACGAGUACAAUGCUGUUGAUGGCGCAUCGACUCCGACGGCCAGUGGUGUGGGCACUAAUGGAGCCGGCCGGUAUUCAAACUCACUUGGUGCGUAUGCUGAGCUGGGUGAGAGCGUUUCGGUUGUCAGCGGAGCGAAUACGACAACAACGAGCGUUUUGAUGCAGAAGUUGUCGGAAGAGAACAUGUUUGUCUUUAAGGUGAGUGAUGGCCGGCAAGGUCAUUUCCACCGUAUCAUGUGCAAGUUCGACUCGAUGGGCCCGCUUCUGGAGCAGAUUCGGUUCAAAAUGGGGCUCGAUGAGAAUGAGGCACUGCGUCUCAAGUGCGAGGAUGACGAAGGGGACCUGGCGCUGCUAACAUCCGAUGAGAGUCUUGUGGAGGCUGUGAACAUGGCCCAGCGUGCCGGAUGGAAACGUUUGGUGCUUGAAGUGGAUGUGGUGACGCGUCAGCAGCACGACGGCAACGGUAGUGUCGUGUCCGCAGCCAGUUCAGCGGCAAGUGUUGCUAACAGUGGAUCAAAUACAGCAGGUCCCAAGCCGCGUAACCGAUUGCUAACCAAGGUAGACGAAAUGUCGUCGGCUGAAAACAGUUCAGACGAGGAAAUCACGCGACGUAAAAGCAAGAAAUCACGUCGCAAGAAGAAGCGCCGUAUUCGCGGCUUCCGCGGCUUUUCUCUCAACAACAACAUGAUUGCUGGUGGUGCAGCGACAUUGGUGGGUCUCGGUGCUGUCGCUUUCAUGAUGAUGCGACGCAAAUAA